AUUUACCCCACGCCUGUCCCCUGGUUGAGUUCCUGGUUUCAGAGGUGGGAAGAGCCAUCACCGUACAGGUGACAGUGGUUCCUGUGUCCAGAAUCCAGGCUAGAAGCCUCUUGUGCCCCGAUCUCAGGGUUAACUCCCAGAUUGAACUACCAUGAAACUGCACCGAAAGUCCGUGCUCAGUUUCUUCCACGGAUACAGAACACAGGCUCCAGACCGGGAGGGCAUCUUGCUAAAGAAGGGAGCCCGAAAUAUCAGCUAUCAACGCCGCUGGUUUGUCCUCCGGGGAAACCUCCUCUUCUACCUGGAGCACCAGGCAGACCGCACACCCCUGGGCCUCAUCCUCUUAGAAAACUGCCAGGUGGAGCCACGCCUCGGGGCCACAGAACCCUAUGCCUUUACCAUCUUGACCCCCGGGGUUGAGGGCACAGAAGGUGGGCGGACCUACAAGCUGGCAGCAGAAAACCAGGGAGAGCUGGCAGCGUGGCUGUGGGCACUGGCUGGGGUGAGCUGGAGGCGGCUGGUGGCGCUACUACCCCCACUGGAGGCCCAGUACCGGGAGCUGUGCCAGGCAGCUGGCCAAGAACCCAGCUCACCCCCAGAGGACUGUGGCUUCCUAGCCACCCUCAGUCCCCCCUCCAGCUUCCAGGAGUUGCACGAGCACUUUGGGAAAGAGAUCCGGGUGCUGCAGGUGGUGCGUGGAAGACUCCAGUCCAGUGACAACAGAGGCAGCAGAUCCCAGGCAAAGGGGGAGCAGGAGCUCAACAGUUGUUGAUGAGUGACUGAAAGAUGGACCAAAGGCCAAAAGGUCCCUCCCUGCCAAGACCAGCUGAGUGCUUCAGCAGACACCCAGAUCCUGGCCUGCUCCAUUGUUUCCUCCCCACCCCCACCCCACCUAGUUCUUAUUCUAACUCCCUUUAUCAAAUAACAAGGCAGGAGACAGGCCCAGGUACAACA